AUGGAGGGUGAUAACCAUCCUCAGAGCAGCUGGGCGGAGGAUCGCUCAUUCCUGAUGCCACCCGCCCAUCUCAUCACCAUUCACGAGGGCCAAGCCCACAGUACCACAUCGCUCGUGUCACAAACAUCCCAGGUCUCACAGACAUCGCAGAUCUCCGAGGGAUCGGUCGAGUCGUCGGCGUCCGAUUUUCUAGGCGAAAAGAUCGCAGAGCUCGAGACCGAGGUGGCAUACAUUACCCAGUACAAGGCUAUCCUGGAUGAAUCUGGGCUUGACGAAGCUGAAUACUGGCAUCAAAUAGCCCCUUACACGACUCAAAUCAGAGAUUCAUCGUCGACUUUGAAAGUGCUCAAGCGCCAAAAGGGUCUUUUGACAGAUGACUUGGCCGAAGCUGUCGCGACUGGCAAAAGGCAAAGACUGCACGAACCAUCGGACCAAGGGCUCCUCGAACGAGCCUAUAAAGACACCAUCAUGGCUCGAAUCAUGGCAUCAUCGGGUCGACAACGCGCCCAGUGGACGAAGAAGGACAAGCAAGUUUUCAAAAACGAAGUUGAGGACUAUUAUGAAGUCCGAAAGAAGCACCCUGACCUCUCCUAUUGUCACAUACUUGGCCGAUACUUUGACCCCAAAUUGAUCAAGGCAGCUCAUAUUGUUCCCAAGUCCAUAUCUCGGGCCGAGCUUGGCCACAUUUUUGGCGACGAGGAUGCAGUGACGACCAUGCCUCAAAACAGCCUUUGCCUACAUGGUAAUGUGGAGUCACUCCUAGAUACAGGAGAUAUUGCGGUAAUUCCAAUGGCAGGAAAAACAACAUCACCAACAUCAUGGCGAUGUGUGAUGAUAAACCCAGCGAACAAACACAACGUCGUCCUGAGAGAAUUUACUCUUGAUGGAAAGGAAAAUACGAUCUUGCUGCAGGAUCUUGAUGGAAAGGAGCUGCAAUUCCUCGGCGCAAACCGCCCCCGGCGUCGUUAUCUCUAUCUAAGAUUCAUCAUUUCUUACCUCUGGUUCAAGAGAAAGAGUUGGGAUGAGCUCGCCGCAAACCUUAACGAAGAGACACGUUGUCAACUUGCCGACAAGCUUGAAGCGCACAAGGUUGAGGUCAAGAAAUUUUGGCCGUCGGCGGGGGAUUAUUUGAACAGAUCAACCUUACAGACACUUGCUCGCUGUGUGUCUGGUUCCGAGAUCCCCCAAGAUCUCAUUGCCAAUAACACUUUCAAUGAUUGCAGCGACCCAGUCCGCAAUUGCGAGGCAGGUAUGAUAAUGACCGCUGAUGUUGAAGAGCUUGGGGGUCCUGCUAGAGCUGAACUUUUAGCUGCGAUUAUCGAAGGAGUUAAGAACCUUGAGAUGAAAUCUUGA